AUGCCCAUGACUCAAGCUGAAACAGACAUCAAGAAUCCAGAGUUGAUGGAUAAUAUCCCCCUCUCCCCUCCGGCGGACAAGAAUAACGUGUUGAAUGGAGAUGGUGAAUCAGACCAGACAUCCAAUCAGGCAGAAAAUAUAACCAUGGGUAAAGAUUCACCACUAAGUGACAUAACAACAUCCCCUGUUCCUUUUGAUUUGUCCUUACGUGAAGUGGAUGGUGAGAUUCAGAGCACGAUUUACAACAUUGAAAAAUUAUUAGAUGAGCAAGAAAAAGAAGCCAAACAAGAAUCAGAAAAACGAGAUUCGAUAGAGCGACUGGAGCGAGCAGUCGAAGAGGUAUUGCAAGAAUUGGAAAAUAAUCUGGAAUCAAAACCUGAAUCUGAUUUAAAAAAUGAAAAGGAAGAAACCAAACAUCCAGAAGAAGAACAGAAUCAGUCCCAACAAGAUGGAGAAAAUUUGAAAAACAAGGAUGAUCUAGAUCACAAUAAUAUCAGUGAAGAUAUAAAGAACAAAGAUAGUUAUGAAAGUUCUGAAUUGAGUGAUUUGGAUGAAAACCAGUCUGAGGCAGAAACCGAUAAAAUGGAUUUCUUAGAUGAAAUAGAUACCGUGAAUGAUAAUGAAGGACUUAGCAAUGGAUUGACUGAUUUGCAAACAUUAUCACAAUUGACAGAAUUAGCUAGACUAAAAGAAAUGGACUCUGAUUUUGGAGAUGACGAAGAUGACGACGAUGAUACUGAUCGUCGUGAACUUAUUUUGGAUGGUGAUAAAGAGAAACCCGAAACAAAUGGCGAAUUGCGAAAACGCCCAUUAGAGAAAGAUGAUGACACCGACCGAAAGAAAUUGAAACAAUUGAAAACCGAGGAUAGCAAAAAUCCCGAUGAGAAACCAGUAAAACUAAUAGAAUUAGACGAUGAUGAAGGUGACAAAGAAUUGGAAGUCAAACUCAAAGGAACUGCAGAAGAAGAAGAAGAUGAUGAUAAUGGUGCAGAAGCAGAACCAGAGGAUGAAGGUGAACUCAAUGAAAAUGAGAAUGAAGAAAGUUUGCAACAAGUAACACCAGAUUCAGACAAAUUGAAAAACAACAACGUGUCAGUAGUAGGUGAAGAUUUUGGUGCCGAAGCUGAAGCUGAAGCCGAAGUCGAAGUCGAAGUCGAAGCCGAAGAAGAGGAUGAAGAGGAAGAUGAAGUUUAUAUUAAUGAGCAAAGGAUGCAAGCUAUAGAAGAGUUGAUUGCAAUAGAAUCUAAUUUUGCUGAACUUCGAGAUAAAUUAUUUAAGGAUAAAUUGGCUCUACUAGAACGUGAAUUGCAAUUAUGUCUUGAAGGCUCACACCCUGAAUUGUCAAAAAUUUAUGGUAAGAUUAAUGGAUUCUAUCAAGACGGCCUCCGAUUGGCCAAUGCAAACUUGUCAUAUAAAUUGAAAUGUGUCGAUAAAGAAACUAUUGCCACAAGAACUUCUAUACAUCAAAAUUUCAUGAGAAACUUGAUCGAUACCAAGAAUCUGAUGAUCACUGACACCACGUCGCUAUGGUAUAAAAUCAACAAAGAAAGAAACCAGUUGGAUCAAUUAGUACCCGAUUUCAACUAUUCUGCUAUCCCGGCUAUACCGAAUGUUACUAUCCUGUUGGAAGACAUGCUACCGAAUGGAUACAUUGAAGGUGCAUCUGAACCACCAAUUCCAAAGAAAUUGCUUAAGCAAAACACAUUGGUCCAGUUGGUCCAACAACGUAACAGUAUAAACGAACAAUUGGGUAUAUUGAAUGGUUUAGUUGAAUUCCACGGGUUUCCAAGUGCAAUAAACGCGGGAUUGGAUGAUGACAUACCAAGUGAUGUUGCCAAUGAAUUGCUAUUGAACAGAGCCAGUGAUGAAGAAAUCAAUGAAGAUUUGCGUGCCAUGGGAAUAUCUACUUGA